GAGGACGAAGAGAUUUCCAAACCCAAAAUCACCUGUAAUCUUGUUUCUGAGCUUCUUCUUUUGUUGCUUGUACUCUCCGCUGAUACUAGCAUUUUCCAGAAAAAGAGAGAGUGAGUGUGUGUGUGUGUGUGUAAAAACCUUACAAAUUCUGAAAUUCGUAAAACCCUAGCAAUUACCUGUUUUAUUUUCUGUUGUGGAAGGGAAAUCAGAUAUGAAGAACCCAGAAAAACCCUUACUUUUAUUUCUAAUUCUAGCUUCGAGCUUAUCUUCAAUGGCGACUGCAAAAUCCACAAUAGAGCCCUGCUCCACGAGCGACACUUGUAAUUCAUUGCUCGGGUACACACUCUACGCCGAUCUCAAAGUAACAGAAGUCGCAUCCCUCUUCCAAGUGGACCCAAUCUCCGUGCUCCUCUCCAACUCCAUCGAUAUCUCUUACCCAGACGUCGAGAACCAUGUCCUCCCCUCAAACCUCUUCCUCAAAAUCCCAAUCACUUGCUCAUGUGUCGACGGAAUCAGGAAAUCCCUCUCUACCCAUUACAAAACCCGUACUUCCGACACCCUAGGAUCGAUCGCCGACUCUGUUUACGGUGGUCUGGUCUCGCCGGAGCAGAUUCAGGUGGCGAAUCCGGCGAUUGAAUCUUCUACUCUCGAUGUAGGUACAAGCCUUGUGAUUCCCCUUCCUUGCGCUUGCUUCAAUGGUACCGACGAAUCUCUCCCGGCACUUUAUCUAUCUUACGUUGUGAGACCAAUCGAUACAAUGACUGGAAUCGCAAAGAGAUUCUCGACCUCUGUUACGGAUUUAACAAACGUCAAUGCCAUGGGAGCUCCUGAUAUCAAUCCCGGCGAUAUCCUCGCUGUCCCAUUGCUAGCUUGUGGUUCGAAUUUCCCCAAAUACGCUACGGAUUACGGAUUGAUCAUUCCAAAUGGAAGCUAUGCCCUCACCGCAGGCCACUGUGUACAAUGCAGCUGUGCACUCGGAAGCCGCAGUAUGUAUUGUGAGCCUGCUUCUUUGGCAGUCUCUUGCUCUAGUAUGCAAUGUAGAAACAGCAAGUUCAUGCUUGGGAACAUCACUUCGCAGCAGAGUAGCGCUGGUUGUAAACUUACUACUUGUAGUUACAACGGUUUCGCUAAUGGCACUAUCUUGACCACGUUAUCCAUGUCUCUCCAACCUCGAUGUCCCGGACCUCAACAGUUAGCGCCGCUUUUAGCCCCACCUGAUACUGUUCCAAAGGAACUGAUGUAUGCACCUUCACCUUCACCUUCACCUACACCUACACCUUCACCAGAGUCUGACGGUGUCGUUGGUGGAGGAUCCAUUGCAGCUUCACCAAGAGGAUCUACGGUUUCUUCAAGCAGUUCGAUUCCGGGCAAUCCAGCUAAUGGUCCCGCCGGGAGUAUCUCUAUUGCUUCUUCCUCAUUGAGCUAUUUCUCAUUCGUUGCGUUUUUGAUCUCCAUUGCUUCUUACUCUUUAGUUUUCUUGGUUUGAUGCAAGAAGAUUUUUUUAUCUCCAUUGCUUCUUACUCUUUAGUUUUCUUGGUGUGAUGCAAGAAGAUCUCAUCAUUAGCCCUUUUUUUUGUUUGUUCAAUUAUAUAAGCACUAGUGAUUGAAUCAACUUGGUAUCGAUGGAA